CGAUCAGACUUUUGAGGGGAAUUCCCAGAGAGUCGUUUCUCAGCUGUUCGUUCGCGCGGCGGGCAGGGCUCAAAUAUGUAAUCGCUUUUACGGCCUGUGCGCUGCUGUCUUAUCUUUCUUAAUACCGGUAUCUCCGGCGUUCCUCUUGUCUUAGGAGGGACACCUUAUCGGGUCACUUUCUGUGGCCGCCGCCAUUCCCAACGAUCGCUUACACGACCCGUAGGAGUUGCGCUAGGCUUACUGCGCUGUUUACUUCGACAGCGCUGACUUGCGACGACUCCGGCAGUGGAGCGCGGAACCAUAGGGCGUUCUCCUCGCCUCGGCACUGCUGGUUUUCCCCUGAAGAGAACGGUCUACAUUAUCCGAAGAUGGUGCAAACGACGAAUCGAAGUUCUGGUCAUUCGUCCAACCAGAAGGGCGGCGUCCGCGUUUACAAGAUCGUCGUUCUCGGCGAUGGAGGCGUGGGAAAAAGCGCUCUGACGCUACAGUUCGUGACUCACAGCUUCUUGGAGUACCACGACCCCACCAUUGAGGAUGCCUACCAGCAGAAGACAGUCAUUGAUGGGGAAGUGGCGCUACUGGACAUUCUGGACACAGCUGGCCAGAUUGAAUUCACGGCCAUGCGGGACCAGUACAUGCGCUGCGGAGAGGGCUUUGUCAUCUGCUACGCCAUCACCGACCGCAGAAGCCUGGAGGAAGCGGCAGAGUGCCGGAAACAGAUCGAGCGUGUCCGCUGUUCCGAGUCUGUGCCCAUGGUUCUGGUUGGCAACAAGUGUGACCUGGAAAGCUCUCGCCAGGUUUCCACCGAGGAAGGGCAGGCAUUGGCACGACAGAUGAACUGCCCCUUCUACGAGACCUCGGCGGCACUGCGUCACUUUGUGGACGACGUGUUCCACACGCUGGUCCGCGAGAUCCGGCGCCGGGAGAAGGAGCGACAGUUCCUGCUGCGGCGGGCCGCCCGCAGGAAGGCAUCCAGCGAGCGGUGGCAAGCAUUCACGCACGCCUGCCGCUCCCUGCUUUGCGUGCGCGGAUCCGGGGACGCCGCUGCCUCGUCUCAUUCCUGAGCGUGCGUCGUUUUUUUUUUUUUUUUCCGACCUUUCACUCUCGUUUGCCCGUCCAAGGCUUUGUCGUCUUUUGUCGUAUGCCAGCGUUGGCUUGGUCGGUGUGUGGGCCAAGCAUGGCCACGUGACCGCCUGAGUUGCCCGUUGCUGCUGCUGGUCAGAAACUCGUUCUCGGAACAAAAGUAGGGCAGCUAGGCUAUCACCGGUGUCUGUAAAUUGUUCCCUGGUCUGAGUAAAGUUUCGGUUUCUCUGCCAGCAAGCUGCGGGUUGCGGUGUCUUUAACUGUUGUCCCGUUCGUUAUAGCCUCUAGUUAAAGACCUCAGAGAAAGGUUACCUGUUCAGGACUUAGGGAAGGAAAACAUGCCCGAGCAGGACUAGAAAGCUAGUCACGAGGAUGUCACUGUCUGCUUGGAGCGGUUUUUACGGCCUUUUGCGGAGUUUAUGGCGCAUGAUGCAGCUCGACAUACUCGUGGUGUAUCCCUUGUUUAGGGAGUAAACUGUUGACUAAAACUUGUGAAGAAAACAAAGCCAGUGCAGUUUAAGAUUUGUCUUUUUCCCCUCUUGUUCAACUAGUGAACUUGCAGAUACAGUUGCAGUGCAGUGGGAGUACAGUGAUAAGAUCUUUCUCUUAGCCCUAGUUUUAAUUGUAGAGAACAGGCUUCAGUCACUAGUGCUCAUUGUCAUGUCCAGAGACUUGGAAGUUUCACUGCUUCAUCUUGUGGCAAGUAAAUAUUUACUCCAUGCCUGAGCAUUUCCAUGUUCUGUGGUACCAGCAGCACAGAUAAAAGAGGCGUACGCAACUAUUGCCAAAGUUAACAAAGGCAUCUUGUUUUCGUUGGUGCAAAUAUAAUGCGAGCAUUUGUUUGAGAAAGCCUUGUUAGUUUUGGGCAGUCACAUUGUUUUUAGCUUCACUGAGCGUCAGAUGUUGUAGGAAACGGAAUGAGCACUAAGCUGUUUGCUUUUGUCAGAAGCUCACACCUGUAUUCUUGCCGUGAAUCUGUGUGACAUUUUCAAACGAAUUCUGUACUCUUAGUGGAGCGUCUCUCAAAUGGGGGCUCACAGGCCCUUUAGUGGCCUUUGAAGUCACAGCUGGAGCCCUUGGAGCAAAGCUGCAACAUGUAAGGCAUUUUUCUCUCCUGAAAUUCAUGUCUUGUGUAGGUAACUUCAACUUCAUCAGUGGGAGCCACAAUCCAGGGUUUUUGCACGAACUCAUUUUAAUUUGGUUGUCUAUUGAAAUUAAACAGCUGCCAAAUAUCGAAUAGGUCUGUUCAACUGUUUUGUAUAUGAGUUGGCCUUGUGGUAGCUUGCAUCGGCUGUUACUAUGAGGAUAUGCUCAUAUUAACAGCCUUUAAUGGCAGCACUCUUUCACGUAAUGGUCUAUUCAGUUUGAUGUUGAUUGAGAUGUCUACAUUAGCAAUUUGAGGAUCGCCUAUACAAUGCCUAAUACACAUACCUAACAAAGUGUUUUAUAAACACUGUGAAACAGAUAAUGACAGGCAUGAGAAUGACAGCACUCAUUGUUAUCGAUCUUAUGUCUGUCAUUGUAAUUUUAGCACUGUUUGCUGUACCGGUAUGGCGAAUCAAGUAGCCCGAAAUGCCAGCUUGAUGAAAAGUUGAUCUGUGGGCUUCCAUUGCAGAUAUCGGUUGCCCGUAGCGUUUAAAUGCUGAUGGGUCGUUCCCUCCGAUAAUAGACAACGGUGGGCAAGUUGUGCCCCCUCCUGGUAUUAACUAGAAAAUCACUUGCUGUAUAUUACAAACGUGGGAGCACAUGUGAGUGUAUUGUUCGAUUGUCCUUUUUUUUUAGCACCUGCCUCACAAAUGAUUUCUGUGUGCAUGUUGUGCACUUGUAUAGAAAGUUUGUUGAAUAUUACAAAUGUAUAGACCUUGUUGUUCAGCCUUGCCUGCUUGCAUUUGACCUAAGUUUACUGCUUGUGGUGUACAACCCAUAUUAUUGCUUGGCCAUUUCACUUUUGUUUUUUUAUCGGAAGACAAUUUCUUUAGAAGAUCCUGAAGUUGAUGUUUCACUGGCUCAAAUUGGUUAUUUUUAGGGGUGAGCAAUACUUGCGUGGCUGGUUGCAAUGUUUUGUUUGGAUGAUUAACAUGUUUGCAGCUUACGUUUUCCUACACACACUCGCAAAAGAAAAAGCUCUUCCGCUAUCUGUGGUACAGAAUUCAGUGAAGCUCCCCGUGUCUUUCACACCACUAUGUAGAUGUGCACAGUACUCACAAAUUGAGGUAACCGCAUCAUGUCGCUAAAAAUCUUGCUGCUAAAGGUAAUGUUGGCUCUAAUGCAAGUGUUAGUCAAAAUGACGCCUGUAUAUCGCGAGAAUGAAGACACUAGAAACAAAUGUUUGUACAUUACUUAGCCCUGUACCUUAAAACUAAAUAUGUAGCUAAAUAAACACACAACUAACUACUAUAUGCUUUACAUCUUUGGUUCUGCAAGAGUAAUGUGUACCUUGAAGCAGAAUGUUUAAUUAAAGGAAUCCUGGACCACUUCCCAAGUAGUCAAGGAAUGACUUGAGUAUCUUAGUUCAUUGCCUCAAGAAUGUGUUGAAUUCGUCAAGAACGAGCAGAGUUACAGGGACUUAUCGUGCUCCUUAAGCGCUUUCUCUCUUCUUUUGUCACUUAGAAGAACAGUGUCACAAUGAGUGAGCUGGAAGCUACACAGAGAGGUAUGGCACAGGGAAAAGAAGUUACGUCAGCGCGUGUCAUGACCUUGAGUGCGCGUGAUGAAAUGGGAUCGCGCUCUUCUAUUGAAAUUUGUGUGGCUGCUAGUGUAGCUGCUAUCUAUUGUUAGCAGACUAUGUAGUGUGGUGCAGGCACCUGGUGGCAUCCUGUGGCAAGGAGCGCAUCUGAUCCAAAUGCCGCUCUUGAUUUAUAACGGCUAUUGGCCAAUAAGCAUGCUAUCUGUUGUUUGACGUCAAACAGCAGGUGCCGGCAGAGUGAGCAUAGGCCUCUGUAUGGAAAGAGGGCACCUGUUAAAAUGAUAAGUUCGUGCUCUGCUUGUAAGCUCUCCAUCCCAUGCAUGACCACAAGACUUGGCCGAAUUGUUCAUAGCAGUGUCCGCUUUCCCUGGAUGUGUUUUUUCACCAUGCACGAGGGGUGCUUCAUGACCCCUUUAAGUUUUACUGUGUAGAAUUCUUUAGUUUAAGUAAACUUUGUGGUUUGCCACGCAAGUGAUGUCCACUUCUCUCGAGCAAGCCACCGGAUGUCGCAGAAUAGCGAUAUAUGCAACAGAUGAUUCUUCUGUCAUUUGGGGGUCAUGAUUUCUUUCGAAUGAUGGCACUCUUAGGAUUGUGCUUUUAGGCUUGCAAUAUGGUUUGAAGAAUUUUUCUUGUGCAGUACAGUUUUCGUCUAUAAUAUCUGCAACAAUUUGUGUAGAUUCUGUUUCAGCACCCCAUUUUAAGAAUAGGGGCAUGGAUUGUCACUUUCGAGUGUAUGUACACCAGGUUGCUUGCAAUUGAAUUAUAUACUAUAUGUGUACGCGAUUCUUCGUUCAGUUGGCAGUUGCACUGUCGACUUGUCGGACAAGGUUCAGAUUUUUUACCUUUGUUAGUGUUAUUGAAGUUUGCCGGAAUGUGCAAAUCAUUUCAAAGUCGUUAUUUAUAGACCACCCUGUUCGCAUGUGAACGAAGACAUGUCGUAUUAUAUACAUAGAAGUUAUCUCACAUACCGUUCUCUGCACAUCUCUUCUAUUCAUAGUUUUCGGAGUGUACUGUGGUAGCAUAUAAUUAGGAUGCUUGAAUCUUCAAGAGUAAAGGUUGCUCAGAUGCACGCCAUUGAGGUGGUAUGGAAAUGUCGAAAUGCACAGAAAAUGUGCUUCAAACCAGCAUUGCAUACAAACCUGCGAAACUUGUACAAAUGGGGGCACUAUCGUUGUGCGACACAUUGUUCAACGCUGUACCGUGGUUGGCUUGUGGUUUGGUCCCCGUUAGUUUGGUGCACCGCACUCAUCGUUGGCACACUCGUUAAAUGUCUAGCAGUGAGCAUAGCUUGUUAGCAGAGCACUUCGGACUCUUUGCAAACCGCACUUUUUUGGAGACUAUACAGUGAUGAAUUCGUAUUGAAACAUAUGUGGUUUGUGAUGAUUGUUGUAGCGGAGGGCUAGCCGUAGAUUGGUCUUGAUUUCUUGUUUGUUAUUGUAACUCGCACCAAAAUCUCAACGCAGCCGUUUCGACAUUGAUGCAACCAGAGAGCAGCUGCUGUGACUAGGAAUUGAAACAACCACCUCUCACUGAAUUGUAGAAUGGCGAUUCACAUGGCAGCUGAAGAACUGCAGUGGGUCUUUUAGAUGAAAUGAGUUGUUGACAAACAUUACACAUGUAAUGCCAGUAUGCUUCACUGGUGGAGGUUUUUACCAAACACUUCUUUUGAACCAGGGCAGUUUAUUAGCGAAUCAAUACCCCCAAGAUUGCCAGUGCCGACUGGAUAAUGGAAGCUACGCAUCAAGCACAUUGGCAGGUCCUCGCGUCAUCCUGUGCCUUUAGUCUUUGCCGCCACGCACCUGAAAUUUGAUGUGGGCCGAUUGGGCAAGACAUAGUCCACCAGUUCUGUCUAGGUCGAUAAGGGUCGUGUUGAUCUCGCGGUGAUCUCUUACUGUCAUGUGAUCAAUUUGUUUAGUGCUCAGACCUGAACGAACCAAGUGCCAACCUGACUUUUAAACAAUUAAUACUUCCUUCGUGGCUUCCGGUGCUACAAACUUCCAAAAUGCGUACUACUUUUGACCUUCCCUGUACAAUGCUUGGUAACAAUGUCCUUUAGAUAUUUACUGUGCGCCGUUUAUCAGUACUUCGUCACGGGGGCAUUUAGAGCGGCGGCGCUCGUCUUUACACUGUUAAACAUUGUCUACAGGCCAGGCACCCUGUGUUGUUUGUGGAAAGCUCUGGAAGAGACAGUUCUGGAGGUGGUCUAUUGAGGGAACUGACGAUACAUGAGGCAUACAGGGGCCACCUUUCCACUGAAAUACAAGGUAUCAUCAAGAUGUUGCUUGAUUUACAGGAAUGCAACUUUCAGAUCAGAAGGGACUGCUGCACUGUCGCUAAGUAGUACUGUUAUGUCGAAGCACAGCCACCUUGUACAGUCCCAUGUACUGCUGCUGAUGUCAGUGUUACUUGAAGCGGGCCGAGGCUGCUGUGUCUUGCAAUAGUUUAAAUUGUAGGGUGCGUAAUCUGUUCUGGCGACAGGUAGAUGUGGGCAGGUGUCUUUGAGGCUUCCCUUAUUCUCUAUCUAGCUGACUCGGAAGUGUUACUAGAAGCAAAGCGUGCACAGUCUAGUCAUUGACACACUGGUCGUUUUUUGCAGGGUUACGAGUGGCAGACCUUUAAAAUGAAGUGGUUGCAACACUAUAGGGACGUGAAAGAGAAUGUGAAAUUUUCGCAUUACACACGGGAAAUACUAAGUCAAUCGUUUUCGUUCGCAAGUGUAGUAGGUAAGGCAAGUCAGAGAAACUUGCACCGACUCUUGUUGCAUUUGUUUGUAGAUUAUAACAUCUGCUUGAAGCAAGUUCAGUACGAACCUUGACAAAUGCCGAUGUGGUGAUGUUAACUCUGACACAUUUGUCGCCAGUAUUGGCAGUUUCCAAAUAUUGUAAAAAGAUUGCAUAUCACAGAGAUAAUUUUCGGCUGUGAACAGCUUCAUUAAAGCAGUUUUCUGCUGUCCUUGUCAAAAGAGAAGCGGGCCGUGUUGCAUUAAAAAAAGCGCUCGCUGAACUUUGACAACCGUUGUCAACUCUGCCUGCAUACAAGCUGUCCAAACACACGUAUACGCAGUGACACCUGUGAUGACGCUGCAGUGAUCAUGGGCAUUGCAAUUUGAGGAUAAAAACUGGAAAGUGGUCGUUUUGCCUUGCUCAUUACUUAUUAUAGUUAACCAUAUUUUGCACCUGUUUAAUGCUGAUAGAGUUCUGAAAGAAUACUCUAUCUUUCUCUGAUGUCCCUUUAAAGGGACACUAAAGGCAAAUAUUAAGUCGACGUUGAUUGUUGCAAUAGCGGUCCAGAAACCUCGUAGUGCUGCUUUUGUGCCAAGGAAGUGCUUAUUUUGACAUAAAAUCACGUUUUUAGUGGUCCGCAUCGCGUUAGCGCGCUUCAAAUCUCCCGCCUGAAAAUACGACUUUCAUACGUCACUGCUGCCGUGCCCAACGUUGCCCACUUUUACUGCGCGGCCGCCGACAAUAGUAGCAGCCGAGCGGAAGUAGCGGGACCCACAGUGGCAACAACGGCGCUGCGGCAAAGACUUGCUCGGAUGGGCACAUUCAAAGCGUUCACCAAGUUGUGGUUGGUCUCGUAAUCCUCAGUACGAAAGGGCAGCGAGCACACACGCAGAGGUUUUGACUGUUUAGCACACUGGCGCAAUGGCAUGACACUAAGCCACUUCGAGCGUAAGGGUUCAUUCCGCGGCACCCAGUGAAAAGACACACCGGUUUCCUUGUUGCAGCACUGGCGUUGUGCACCAUUCAGGCAUCCAGCAAUAUCACACGCAUGCGGCAUUUUGUCGAACUUUCUGUCAGAGCGACUUUCACGAGCUCGCAAAACACGCACGGCAGUACGCGAUCCCGAAACUACCACUGAGACGGGCGAGGCGCAGUUCGGCGAAAACGAAACCUUUGAACCACGCGCGCCGUUCCCCAUGGCAACGCCACGGAGGUUUUGUUUUCCAUGAAUCAAGCAAAAACGAACAAAGAGCAUUUUAUUAUGUCUUUUGAUGCUCGGAAUGUUCUGUUUUUACUGCUGCUUGUUUGAUUACUAGUGAUUUAUUGUAGGCCGACUUCCAUACGUCAUCGGGAUCACUUCGAAAAUGUCCCACUCGCGGCGCUCAUCAUGUGAUACAUUUAGCUUAAUUUCUCGGUAAGUAGGGCACUGCUGUUGAUAAUAUUGCCGUUUUAGAAGUUGUCAUACAUUGGGCUUUCACUCUGACAUAAACUGUUAUUUGCCUUUAGUGUCCCUUUAAAGCUCGUUAUUUUUGAACGAGGUUCAUGAACACGCAGUUGACCUUUACUAGUCUUCUUAUGUAAAGACUUCAUAGAGACUGCCCCAGCCAAUAUAUAUGAACAUAUUGCCAUCAUUGUCUGGUGUUUUUUUUUUACCAUUCUUUUGCAUUUUUUCCUUCCAUGUAUUUGUAUAUGUGGAGAUCGAGAAUUGUUACAAAGCAUCUGCAGUGUUGCUUUUCCUUUUGCUCUUCUUUCAAUGCAUUUGCCUGCAGUAAAAGCUGACUAGUAGAGAGAAUGGGCAAGUUGCUGGAAGCUGCAACGAAAUGUGAAAUUUAACCUUACCUUGCGUCUGUUGUCAGUGUUUCCUCACACUACGUUUAGUUGCAGCAUUCUUGCAACUCCCAUGUCCAGUCUUUGCAAGACAUCAUAGACAACUUUUUUUAUGUGUGGUACAUGACAUGUAGGCAGUCAUUGAGUUUGAAUUUGGUUGUGAUGCCUUUGUUUUGCGCAACAAUUAUUUCUUUUAGCAGUGUAGUACUGUUCUGAAUGCAAUUGGCUUCUUUAUUCCCGUUUCCACUUAUGCAAAGUCCGUUCUGUUAUGUGCUGUGACUGCAGUAGCUACUUCUUGGAACAUAUUUUGCCUGUUCGAUUGCCUCGUUUGUGUGGUCAACUUUGAAGAUGCAGUGUACGCGGGGGUUGUGUAAUAUGUGGCCAGUUUUCGGCUCGCAAAGACAAGAGUUGGCGACGCAUACGCACGGUCUCGACCCAUUUUCUUAGGCUUGUUUGACGUGGUUGCUUGGUUGCUGACCACAGUUAUUUACACACAUUGCAGCCAGAGAAGCUACGCAGCUGCUAUUUAUGAUACUUGUUGGAAAAAAUGUCGUUUGCUGUUGACAGCCUUGUUUGUGCAUGUAAAAGUGUUUCACGUAGUUUAAACGUUCGACGUCCCGACAAACUGUUUCUCUUGCGCUCUGAAAGUGUAGGCUCCACUGUUUUUCUCAAGCCACGGAGAGACUAUGUACCUGUUUCACAGAUGUCCAGUAUGGGAAAA